AACAAGCCCCAUUUUGCGGCUUACACUCAAAACUCUUCUUCCUUUUUCUUCGAUCUCUGAAACCCAAAUCGGAGAUCAAACUUACCUGAAUCAGAGCAGCAAUGUCACGAGUUAUAAUCAAACGCAUCAUUAAUCCUCUAUACUCAUCAUCAUCUCGUCAUCUUCUCAAAUCUCAAAUCCCUAAACCAAACCCUAGUUUCUCAGUCCUCCCCACAAUUUCAACUCCGAACUUCAGAUCUUUCUGCUCCUCUGAAGGAAAAACUGACGAAGAAGUAAUUAUUCCUCCUAAUUUGGAAAAACUAUUCCCUGGUAUCAAAUACUGUGAUAAUGAAGAGUUUGAUAAGAUGGUGGAAGAGUACAGGAAUGGGAAUACGAAACUGGUCUCAAAGCUUCUGAGAGUGAUUUUGGCUAGGAAAGUAUCAGGGAGACAUGAUGGAGCUGAUGCAGAGAUUAUGGAAGAGAUUUCAGAACAUUUGAAACAAAAAGAAGAGGAAGAGGAUAAUGAUUUUUAUGAUUGGCGCCGUGAUAGUGGUCUUGGUGGUUACAAGCAGUCGCAGGAGGCAUUAGGGGGAAAACAAUCUACAGUUACACCAGGGUUUAAGAUUGAUAUGAAAGGAUUUGAGUCUUAGAAGCAACAGAAUGGUCCAUGGAACUGGAACUUUAUCAGUAAAUAUUAUUAGUCAUGCAGCCAAUGUGGUUAAAUUUUUGAACAAAUCAACCAACCAGAUUAGCUGGUUUGGCUGUAGUGUUCUACGCAAGAUCCUUUUAUCUGCUUUUGCUUUUUAGUCUUUAUACCCGUGCCAGAAGAACUGAAGACAACACUACUAUUGUAAUUGCUAAGCUUGCUAGGUUAUCUAAAAGUAGUGAAUUAGGAUUUAAUGGUCAUUCUGACUUGCAUUAACUCUAUGAUGCGGUCUGCUUAAGUGCUAUCAGUAUAUUGUUGGCUUUGUCGGUAAUUAAGGAUUGUUAGGAUGAUGUUUAUGUUGAAUGUUUUUCAAGUCCAGAUGUAGCAUAUAGUGUGAAAUGCCAUGAUAAAUGGUGGAAAAACUUGGGAAAUUUUAUGGUUGA